AGAGAAGAUAAACGACAGUAAUGUCAAGCAACGCGUUGGAGAUGCUGAACAUACGUUGGACGCUGCUGUCAGUCACGUGACCGUGAGCCUUGCUGAAGACGGGAAUCCCGGGGAGCGCACAAGCUCUUUUCCACAGGAUCACCGGUUCUGACAGGGAGCGCACGAGCUCAUUUCCACAGGAUCACCGGUUGGGACAGGGAGUGCACGAGCUCAUUUCCACAGGAUCAUCGGUUGGGACAGGGAGCGCACGACAGGACAGGACAGACUUUUCGCUAAAGGCGGCAAACACAUGCGCGCACGCACACACGCACACACGCACACGCACACACGCACACGCACGCACACACACACACACACACACACACACACACACACACACACACACACACACACACACACACACACACACACACACACACACACACAGGUAUUUUCUGAAUGGUCUGCGAUUAAAAGAGUCCAAAUGUCCAGUGCGGAAGAGAAAACGAACUGCUCGAGCCAAACCGAUACCAGGACAAAGCUGCCAGACAUAAGGUUUGGUGGACAAAGGAUAAUGAUCUGGGGCUGUUUUGGGACUCUUAGAUCCAGUAUGAGUCGUCUGGUGGAUGUGGAAUGUGAGGCAUCAGAGGUAAAACAGAAGCAAAAGCAGCAGAUACUUGUCUGUGAAGUGUGUAAUAUUCAGCUGAACUCCAGUACUCAGGCUCAGAUCCACUACAAUGGGAAAACUCACCAGCGCCGUAUACGGCAAGCCAACAGGGCCAAAAGCAGCGGAGGGGCCAGAAACAGCAUGGGAAGUCCAGCCCAGGGUGGUGGUUUGCUGACAUCACUCCCUGUUCAGCCUCAGAUGGACCUGAAGCAUGUUUUGCCUAUCAGAGUAAACUGCUCGUCCCCCCUCAGCCUAUUACCCAACUUCAAUAUGGAUCCAGUUCAGAAGGCAGUCAUCAGCCACACUUUCAGCAUCGCACAAUCGCUAAAAAAACCCCAAAUCAUCACCUGUAACAUCUGUCACCUGCGCUUCAACUCCACAAACCAAGCAGAAGCACACUACAAAGGGCACAAGCAUGCACGCAAACUCAAAGCUAUAAACAGGUUAAAGAACAAGCAAAGGAUUCUGGGAAAGUCUGUGUGGAGGGUAAGGGAGAGAAAAGAACCAAUACCGGGAGAGAUGGAGAACAGCAAUGGGAAGGACAGCAGUCUGUCAGAGAGGACAGCACCAAUCUGUUCAUCACAGGCAUCAAAACCUGAGGAUGACAGUGUUCAGGGUAUCUCAGUCACGUUAAUGCCAGUUUCACACACUUCUGUCUCAAAAAGUGAGAGCAAAUGUUUCCCAGAAUCCUCUAUUUCGGUGCCUCGAGCCAAACUGAAAGGCUUGUGGGACUCUGAAUCCAUAGUGAAGGGAAACAGAAACAGGAGGAAAUGCAGCAGGAGUCUUCAGUGUGCUGUUUGUAAAGUGACCGUCAACUCUGGCUCACAGCUUGAGGAUCACUAUAAAGGCUCUAAACACAGACUGAUGCUGGGAGGUCACUGCAUGUUGUCACGGAAACGGGGCGGAAAAGAGGAUCCAUCUUGUGCCACACCGCGGCUUCACGUCAACUCCGCCUCCACCAAAUUAUCACACCAUUGCAACGUGUGUGAUAUAGACGUCAACUCAGAAGCUCAGCUCCAACAACACAUGAGAAGCAGGAGACACCGAGACCGAGCCACUGGAAAAUCACUUCAUACAAAGUUCAGCCCCUACAUCAACAACUCAGCCCACUCCAUGUUAACGACCAAGCUCACUCUUCAGAAACAACUCGCCAAAACAGUGACCUCCAGCUUCCUAACAUCAGGACUCAGCCCCGUGGCCAUGGCAACUGGAACUUUGUCCCCAAGUCACGUUCAUCUGCCCGCCCCCUUAUUCCAAGCACCUCUGUUUAGCUACACCCUCUUUAGACCCGCCCCUGGGCCCUUUAGGGCGACUCACGGUCCAGUCAUCUUCUGUCCUUACUGAAGAGAUGGAAAUUUGUCAGACGUUUCACAGGAAGCUGCACAAAAACAUAACUAUGCCUCACAGAUAAUUUAUAUUUAUUUCUACAUGUAAAUAAUUUAUGACAAAAAGAACCAACUGUGAAAAUUCUUGGAAAAUCAUUCAUUACUCAGUCCGUUUCCAGCACACAUUUGGGAUUCUGUCCGCAGCACUUGUGUCUAAAAUAAAUCACCUUACUGUGGAAAACAUUACACAAAAAUUAAAAACAUACACAGAAUAUGCAAUUUAAAAUAAUUUAGAGAUGUUUUAACAGUAAGGAAUUUAAUUUUUUUAAGAGUGGAAUGUUUAAAAGAAAAAUAAGGAAAGGUUUAAAAUAAAAAUUAAAAGGGGGAAAUUAAAGGUGGAAAAUAAAAGUUAAUUAUAAAGAAAAAUUAGGGCACAUUUUAAAGGCAAUUCAGUACACUUCAAGUAAUAAAGUUAAUAAAGGCAAUAAAGAAUUUAAGAAAACAAAAUAUAACAACUGCUUGGCGUCUUAAUCAUCAAGUUUAUUAAAUAACAAAACUGUAGCUAUGAAUAUUGUAAAGGGACAUCAAACACUAAUACCUUGUGUUUUUGUUUUAUUAAUUUCAGUAGUUUCACUGGUGAUCUCCAGUCCCUCUACCUAUCAGAUGGAUAAUUAAUAAAAUUUCAUUUGAAUUGUCAUAUUGUAAUAAAAUUCUUUUAGAACAUUUUAUUUUAGUAACUAAAUGGACCAGGAAGCAAAAACAAUCUACCUGAAACUGCUCUGUUUUUUUUACAACAAGAGCCAAGAGCUUCUGUUCAUUUGAUUGAUCAUUUCUAUCAGUGUCUCAUCCAAGAGAAUGCUUUCUUCAGCCACUGACAAUCAGUUUCUGUCAGUUGUUCACUGAUUUAGAAAAGAAUUAUUUAGAAAAGAAUGAGAGAAAAGAAUGAGAGUCUGUGGUGUCUUUUAUCAGUGAAUUUUAUUUUCAGGAACAAUAAAUCGUAAAGAUGAGAUGACUCCUCAGGGAGGCUGGAACCAACGGUGACUCCGUCAACUUGGAGGAGUACACGUCAGCAGUGACCGGCUACAUCAGCAAGUGCAUUGAUGACGUGACCGUCUCCAAGACCAUCGCCACACACUCCAACCAGAAGCCAUGGAUGACUACUAACGCUGGGCAUACAGUCGAUCACAAACUACAAGACAGCUUCACCUGCUUGUGAUAGCGAUGCCUCCCUCCCAGACGCGCUGAACGAUUUCUACGCUCGGUUUGAGGUACAGAACAACAUAAUGCCAAGGAAGACCAUCCCUCCCCCUGACGACAAGGUACUCUGCCUAUCCAUGGCCGACGUGAGGAGAUCUCUAUGGAGAGUUAACCUACGGAAGGCUGCUGGACCAGACAACAUUUCUGGCAGGGUGCUCAGAGAAUGUGCAGAACAGCUAGUAGAUGUCUUUACGGACAUCCUCA